CGGACGCAGCGGAGAGACGCUCGGCUGCGGCGCCGGCAUGUCAGAGGAUUACAGAUGGAAAAUGCAAAGCCAAGAACAGGUUUUUUUCUUUUAAAAGAAGUAUUACAGAAUAAGGAAGUAUGGCCUGAAUGAAGUUGCCUGUGCCAUGUAAAUACUUUGAAGUUUCGUAAUGGCAGAAGCUAGUUCUUCAGAAAUUAAAAGAUCCCGAAUAAGUUUGUCACUCGGUAAAAAUAAGAAAAAAAAAGGAGCAACAAAAAAGGUGGAAGGUAAAGGAACGCCAUCUAUACCUUCAGCGUCCUCCUCUAUUAUUUCCUUUUUUAACAAUGUUACCCCUGCCAAAAUUACCUGUCCUGUGUGUGGGCAAAUGGUGCCAAGAUACGGAAUAAAUGAGCACAUGGAUGAAGCAUGUCAGAGAAACCGUGGCGAGAUUGGCGUCAUUGAUUCCACACUCAACUCUCUUACAAAUGAGAGUCCCCCAGCUGCAAAUGUGAACAAUAAUUCCAGCUCAUAUUUUUCAAAAAACCUCUUAAAUCUAGAAACAAGUCCUUCCAAAAGCAGUUUAUUGAAAACAGAAGGGAGUGCAGCACAACAGAUUAGUCCUUAUUUUAGCAAUAAUAGUUCAGUCCGUUGUGUUAACAAUGAACCACGGGCUCAAACAGUUAAAAUAGUCUCUUUGGGAAGCUUGUCAUCUAAACUGUCCAGAAGACGUUGUAUCCAGGGAGGAAAACGGAUCGUGUAUAAAGAGAUCGACUCUUCACCUCCAGCUGUUCACAAUACGUGCAAAAGUGCUGCAGCACAGGAUGAUGAUGAUGAUGAGAUUUACGCUAGGCAUAGUUCUCAGAAAGAAAAUAAGCUUGCUCAGAGGGAGCACCAGGAACAAAAUUUUUUGAAGGAGGAACCUGAAUUUCAAGAAGAAAUAAACAAAUGUAAUGGAGAAGACCUUGUGAAUAUUGUUCGGGUAUCAUUACCAGCUGAAAAUAUUAAUGUCAAGAGGUUACCAAUUGGUACAAGGAGCACCAAAACAGAAAGUCGGUCUGAAGGUGUGAUACUUAGUCCUGAUAAAUUUGAAACACAUCUAGCCGUUUAUACUUCAGCAGAGCUGACCAAUAGUUUGGAAGUCAAGACUCAGCCUCGUGCUCAGGUUGUUCCAUCUUCCAAGACCGAAGUGAACUGUGGUACGCAAAAUUGCUUUAGCAAGGGUGAUGUACAGGUACUUCCUGUGGAAGUUCAUGAAGACUUUAAGGAUGAGAUUAAUCAUACUUUGUCAGAAACUGUGGAAAAUGUAGAGUUUCAAAAUUCCAUUGGGGACAUUUUAGGCAAAAUAAAUGAGCUUAGCUCUGUGCCCAGCUCUCCCGGUCACCCGUACUACCUCCAGAAUUUUUUAGUGGUGCUGCAAGCAGUUUUGGAGAAUGAAGAUGAUGUCAGACUCUUUAAUGAGCAAGAUAUGAACAUUAUAACCAAGUUCUGCAAAUUAUCAGUUGGUGGGCAGAAGUUAUAUGUGAGACUUUUUCAACGCAAGCUGAAUUGGUUGAAGGUGAACAAAAUAGAGUAUGGAGAGAUAAGUAUGGAUUUGUCACCAAUAAUUGAAGAACUGGCUGAAGCCAGAUUUCUGCAAACAGAAUCUGAACUGGAAGACCUGUGUGAAGGGUUGGAUUUGCUUUCAGCCCCUGAGCUAAAAACAUUGGCAAAGAUCUUUCACUUGCCAAACCCAAAUGGUCAGAAACAGCAACUUGUGGAUGAUUUUCUGAGGUUGGCAAAACAACGUUCAGUCUUCAGCAGGAGUCAUGCUGGUAUUGGGACAGUGAUUUUGAAAAGGGUGAAAGACCUGGCUGGAAAAUCUGUCAGGGUCUGUAAAGGCCCUCGGGCUGUCUUUUCUCGGAUUCUGCUGCUAUUUUCACUGUCUGAGUCAAUGGAGGAUGAAGAAGCUGGUAGUGCUGGUCAAGGCCAGCUCUCCACAGUCCUUAUGGUAAACAUGGGGCGUAUGGUAUUCCCCAGUUACACUGUAAAUAGGAAAACACAGAUCUUCCAGGACAGAGAAGAUCUUAUCAGGUAUGCAACUGCUGCUCAUCUGUCAAAUGAUAUAGCCACUGCAAUGGUAAAUGGGAACUGGGAAGAAGCUAAUCAUCUAUAUGUGUGUGCUAAAGAAACCUGGAACGAACUGAAAAAUCACCCCUCUUUAAGCUAUCACAGAGUUUUACCUGAGUAUCUGCGACAUUUCACAGUUGGCUGGGUAUAUACAAGAAUCCUUUCUCAAGGUGUUGAAAUUUUGCAGAGACUUCACAUGUAUGAGGAAGCGGUGCAGGAGCUGCAGACUCUUCUGUCUCAGGAUGUGUAUUGUACUGACAGCAGAGGGCGAUGGUGGGAUCGCCUAGCUCUGAAUUUACACCAGCACUUGAAAAACACUAAGAAGGCCAUUGACUGCAUUAGAAAUGGGCUGGCAGACCCAUUUGUACGUACUGGGCAUCGUCUCUCUCUCUACCAGCGGGCCUUACGGAUCAGAGACUCACCAAGCUGCAAGCAGUUCAGAUGGCUGUUUCAUGAUCUGCCAGUCAUAACUGUGGAGGAUGUGACACAUGUUACAAUCAAAGGAAAGAUGUGUCCUCAGAUGGGAAUGGGAAAAUCUGUAUUUCUAAUGGAGGAUAUUGGUGAUGAAGAAGGAGGUGAAGACUUCAGUGUAUCCACAGUCAUGUGCUCAGUUGAGGAGCUGGCAUUAACUCAUUACAGGCAGAAUGGUUUUGAUCAGGGUAUUCAUGGGGAAGGCUCAACAUUUAUGACGCUGUAUGGUAUUCUAAUGUGGGAUAUCAUUUUCAUGGAUGACAUACCCGAUGUUUUCAGAAAUUCCUAUCAGACGUUCCCCCUGGAUUUAUACACUGACAGCUUCUAUGAGAACAGGAGGGAUGUCAUUGAGGCCAGACUCAAGCAGCUUCAUACAGCUUCCUCGGAGACACUGGCAAAGUUGAUUGCUGACAUCUGGACCACUCAGGAGGGAAAAGCUGCAGCACUAGUUAGCUGGGGGCGUUUUAUUUCCCUCCAGCAAGUUCAGAGCCUUGUCUCUUGCCUUGGAGGAAUGUUUCUCAGCGGUGUUUUUACGCGACUUUCCAAAGAUCUACGCCAUUGCAGAGGGGGACUUCCUGACCUGGUUGUGUGGCGUACUCACACUAAUCACUUUAAGCUGGUGGAAGUGAAAGGUCCCAAUGAUCGCCUGUCCCACAAGCAGAUAAUCUGGCUGAGUGAACUGAAGAAGCUGGGUGCUACAGUAGAAGUUUGUCACGUGCAAGCUGUUGGAGGCAAGAGUAAACGCCUCAGCUGACAACAGAGGUCUUCAUCACAUGGGUAACUUGGGUGUUUUUAAAGGAGCUGUCAUGACACACACUACUGGCUGCUGCUUAUUAAAAGUAGUUUCUUCUAAAAUUCUGGUUUCUUGGAACAUUACGGUAGUUAUUUUUAGCACAAAACAUUCUAAAAAAUAGUUGUCAGUAUGAUUUACUCUAUGUCACUUCGUGUUCAGAAGACCAAAGCCCUGCUCUUCUAUACACAAUUUACAACAUUCUAUGAAAGGUAAUCUAGAGGUUUUGCCCAGUAAAGAGAAACAGCUACAAUCACAGUGGUACCAACUGAGAACAUCCUCUACAAUAAAGA